CGGCCCAAGGCACACACGUCGUACCGGUAAUCAUGGAGAGGCGCUGGCGACCACGGUAGAAGAAGGUGGACAGCUUCUCAGAUCGGGAGUAUCGGAAGCGGCGAAUACAUCGGCUGCGCAGACUCGGCAUUAGUCGCUGGAAGGGUAGAUCGCGUGGUACGUCAGUAGUAAGGUACAUUCUUUGAGUGAGUACGUACCUUUAUGUAGGAGUCUGGAGAUAGAAAGAAUGCCUCUAGGCGCACACCUUAAUGAGUGUAAACUGCACGAGCCAAUGAAGGAAACAGGAAAAAACCGCAUUCUCCUUGGUUGGAUAUAAGCAAAACGUCAAUUUUUGGUUUUUCUUGUGUUUUGGAUUAUGGGAAUCAAGUAUGAACUUUUCUGCUUUGUGGCCAUUACUGUGAUAUCGUGUUCCGGACAAUGGAAUAAAUUCCAGGGAAACGCGCCACGCGUGUCAAAUAAUAAUUGGUACAAGCAACAACAGAAGCAGCAACAGCAACAGCAGCAGCAACCGCAGCAACAGCAGCAACAACAGUCAAAACAAAAACCCAAGGGCUGGCGAGGUUACAAUCCACAGCAUAAUGGUAACUCUGUCGACCAAUCACAGCCCUUGGGUCAGCAGCCGCGCCCACAGGGUGAGCAGCCGCAACACUUGUUGGGCGCCGUUCGUCCCGGGGUCUUCCAAAACAGGCCAUCAUCUACACAGUUCAAUAGGGGAUCAGUGUCAAAUCCACAACAGAGACCCGUAAUGGGGAUUCAGCGGGACCAUGGAAAUCCUAAGGAUAUCGGACACAACGUCCAGCAAGCUCCUUCCAAUAGCGUCGGCCACGCACAACAAAAUGUGUUUGACAAGCCCUCUAGACUGAGUUAUCAGUUGGAUCGUAAUAGUGCCACAUUAAACCAGGGUAGGUCCGUACACAGACUCUCAGGAUUCGGGAGCAACCCUGUACGUCCGGUGCAUGUACCCAAUUCUAUUCCACAAAGGGUGUCCGACAAUACACAGCAUAAUAAUAUCGGUAGUUCAAACGUAUUUCAAAACCCUCCUACCAAGGUAAAUAAUGAUCUUGUGAAUAGCCAUAUCCAAGGAAAUGUUGGACGGACGCAUUCAAAUGUACAAGUCAAUAAUAACGCUUACACUAACAACCAGCUAUCGCAUCCGAGUAAAGCACCGUAUGUAAAUAACGUUCCAAUAAACAAUCAAUUUAUCAAAUCAGGUGACAAUAACGUCCCACCGGACAGCAGUGAAUAUCUUCAUAUAGAUAAUAACCAGAAGCAAUAUAAAGUGUAUCAACAUCCGAAAAAUAUACCCAGCAUCCAACAGCGUUCUCAGGCGAAUCAAAACAAUAUACAACAUAUAGUCGCUCCGCAUCCUCAGAGAAGUCAGGGGAAUCCGAAAAAUUCAUUUACCGGGUCCCAUCCCGCACAAGUACACGUGAACGGUGACCCGGAUAACGACCAGACCCUGGCGGUAAAGGUGACGACCCCAGAGCAAACCUAUCACGUGGAAGUGAAGAGAAUAAACAGUAAUAUCCUGCACGAGGAUGUCCGAUUUCUGACUGUUUCCGUCGACCAGAGCGGCAAGACAGUUUUCGAGGAGCAGUUCAAGCCGGUAGACCUACAGAAGAAGGCGAGAAGUCUAAACUACUACCAGGACCUCCGCUCCGGGACGUUCCUCAGCAUCUACGCACAUCGGAAAGACUCUGGACAGAAACCGGAAUCAUACAUUGAGGGAGUUUUGUUUGACGAGUUGAUCGUGGCGGCACCUAAAUCCAACAAGAGGCACAAGAGGGCUGUGUUCGCGGACUCUCAUACAGUAUAUAGAGAGGAGGGUGGCUACCACGGUGUGUUCCACGCCGACACUAUGCACGUGCCAGUCAUACCGGGAUUCGAGGAUAUGGUAAAGAUGGAGUACAAUGUCACGCGUGACAACACCGAAUCGAAGAAACGGAAUCCACACAGACGGAAGAAACGUCAGUUCCGACCAUCAGCUCAGAAAGAAUCGCGCACUACCCCGCGGAUAGAACCGGAACUGCUACUGUUUGUAGACUUCGCCCUCUACCGGGAGUUUGAUGGAGACUCAAACGAACUGUUGGAAUAUCUUAUGCACUUCUGGCACGCGGUCAACUGGAAGUACCUGACCAUCGCACUGUCUGGUUCCUGGCCAAUCAUAGACCUCCGUAUACGAGAGAUCGGAGUGUUCAAGGAGCCAAAUGCACAGCCAUUUAUCGAGUCAAGCAGGAUCAGGAGAGGCAGCAAGAUGUUCUCGCUGUAUGACGCCAUGGACAGCCUACAGAAGUGGCUCAUCCGGUACGAAAACGCCUUGCCGGUCCAUGACAUCGCCUUCCUGCAGACUGGAGAGAACGCGUGUCGUCGACUGAAACAUGGAAAGGAGGGUAGCAUUCCAUUCAAUCCCAAAAUUCUCAAGUCUCUACGCAAGGGGAUCUCCUCACAGCUCGAUCCGAAAGAUGAGAAGGAGUGUGUAACGGGCACGGCAGGAGUGGCGUACGUCCGCGGGGCCUGUCUGUCCGCGCCUAUGCUGAGGGGAAACGCAUUUAACUUUGGUAUUGGGGAAGCGUCUAACAGUUUCAACGGUGUCAUCAUCGCUGCUCACGAGAUUGGCCAUCUACUAGGAGCGUACCAUGACGGAGAGGCAGACGCUGGGACCUGCUCCAGCAAGUCGGGGUACAUCAUGAGCUACACACGGGACGACUCCUACAAGUUCAGCAGGUUCUCUGAGUGUUCCAUCAGGAGUUUCCAGAACUUUCUCAGAAUGGACCGAGCCAAAUGUUUACUCCAGAGGUCGAGCAAGGACACCCUUAAAUUUCCUACCACGUUUCCGGGAAAGUUCAUGACGCUGCGACAACAGUGUCUCCGGUUUACUGGAGGUCCACCAUGUGAGGAAGGUCCGACCCAAUGUGAACAUCUGUGCUGUGAUGACCGAAAGGGGGAGUGGCGGUAUACUAGGUCCGAGCCAGCGGUGGACGGAACGGAGUGCAGCAAACAAAAGGUGUGUCUGAAUGGUCAGUGUGUACCGCUGUCGUCCAUAGGGAAGAAAUAGUCCCCAAUGCUAGAGCACCGUCCCCUCGUCAGUUGGUGGUUUACGGUCUCGCUGGUGACCUAUUGGUGCCGGACCUUGCAAGGGCACUGCCAACCAAGACUGACGUUCUGACCACCGCACGGGAUCAUUCGUGGAAGCGUACGCUGGUGUUCCGUACAGAUUGCUGGUCCGUACAGAGAGGCACCUCUACCAAGAUUUUAAUUUCAUUCAAAGCAAAUAAUUCUUCUGUUCCAAGGAGUAUCUAGGUUCUGGUUUCUCAGCGCUGCCUUAUCUAGGGAUCUGUCGACAUUUAUGUCUCUUUUACUAUUUUCUAUUUUAAAAUUGCUUGUAGGUGAAUGUUUUGUUAAAAAUUGCUACGCCACCAAUAAUAACAGGUGAAAAUAUCGAGAUUGUACACCUUUUAAAUAUCACAAGAAAAUUAAGCAAGGGAGACAACCCUUUUAUCGUUUUGCCCCAUUGUGUUUUUACCAUUGCAGUUAGUUUUCUUUAAAAAAGAAAUUAGACGUACAACAAUAAUUUUGUACUGGGGUAUGGAAUUAGAUUGUGAAACAUGCAUUUGAUGUUUGUACAUAAUGUUGAGACCUCGUUUCAAAUAUUAAAUAAAUAUGAUAUUUUUGUA